UAGCUCGACAAUGCAUUGCUAUUAUCACAGUGAUCUGUUUUAUGUGAAGGCAGUAUAAUAAAUCUACGAUUAAAUGUCGGUACCCGCUGUAUGUUAAUAUAUAUCGCCAGUUUAUGCUUUUAAGCACAAACUAUUUAAUGGAUAUAAAGUGUACUCCUACUUUCGUGUUAGAAUAACGAAUUAUGGGAUUUUUUUAGGAAGCCAACGAGUGAGAAUGCGGUUACAUUCAAACUAUGAAAAGCUGUACAGUUCUGGACCAUUGUAUUUUUUGGUUUGGAUAUAUUUAAUGAACAUACAAAGCGUGUUGGGAGUUUUGCCUUACUCAAUCAGACAAAAAACAUCCAGUUAUCGUUCGAAAGGCUGUCCUUCAGGAAAGUACUAUGAUGAGGAGACUAAUGGAAAGCGGAAAAUAUGUAGAAAAUGUGUUAUUUGCCCUAAAGGCUACACAGAACAUUUGCCAUGUUCCAAGACGACAAACAGGUCUUGUAAACCAUGUGAAAUUGGGACUACUUUCACUGACAAGCGUGGAGGAAUUUGCCGGAACUGCACUGAGUGUCAACGAGGUCAGUUUGUCAGAAGACAAUGUUUGCCUUUUAAGGAUACUAGGUGUAAAAUCUGUCCUAAUGGAACGUAUUCCUUAGACGGGAAAGGUUUUGGGUGUAAAUACUGCUCGGUUUGCAAAGAACAUGAAGAAGAAGUAUCGCCUUGUACACCACUGCGGAAUCGAGAAUGUAGUUUAAAAAAAGAUUAUAUAUUCGGCACGACCAACCCUUGGAAUACUGGGCCAGAAUAUAACAAGGAUUUUAACUUUUCCACACGGCUCGUCCUCCUCUCUCUCUUAAUGGUUGUUUCUUGCUCUUUCUUUAUUUUCUUGUUUGCAGUUAUUUUACAAACAAUCAGCUCGAAGUUUCAAAGAAUCACUCUUUAACUAUAAGGUGCAAUAGAAUUAUGAAGUUAGAAGACACGCAUACACUAAUGACUUUCUUCAUUCAACAUUCGAGAUAAUACAUGUGUACUCUUUAUGCUUUGGUAGCAUAGUAGAACUUAAUUUCUUAUUUCAAAUAUUUCGGCUAUCAUUGUUUAGAACCCCAAUCGAAACCUAUUUUUUAAAACUUUACUUUUAUUGUUUUUUUAAACUCUUUUAUAUAUAAGUUACUUUAAACCUUAUUUUCCCUUAGAUACUAGGAAACAAUACAGUAAACUUUUAAGAUCUUACGUUAAAAGGUUUUCGAAGAGAGCCAAGCUUUGCAACUCAUGUUCCAUUCGUAUUAUUGCUCUAAAAUAUGAUUGUUCAAUACCGUUUUCAUGUUCUGAAAAGAUUGCAUGGAUUUAUAUAAAGACGUCAAUAAAAUACUUAUGGUGACGUGUUGAUUUAUUCAUGCAUUAUUUAUAAAUCAUUGGCAAUAUCGUCACGGACAUCACAAAACCAAAAA